AUGUUCUGUGAAACUUGUACGGAUUUUCUUCGAACAAUAGCGGAUGCUCUCGCGAAAGGUGAACCCGUAUUCGGAGAAACUUGGGGAUCAUUCAAACACCAUGCUACUUAUAAUGCCUUCAAGAGGGCGCUUGAUAAAGGCUGUGCUCUAUGCAAGAAAAUUUGGGCACAGAUAGAUGACGAAGCUCUUAAUAUGGUUGAUGAUGAACUUGCAGCUUUCGGUUUGACAUUCCGGUGGCAUUUAUACUUGCCAUGGGGUGAUCAAUCAAAUAUAGCAAUCUGGAUUGCCCCUGCCCCUGACAAUGCAUUCCGACUGAUUUGCAGUAUUUUUCUUACAAAGAUUGAUCCUUCUAAAGAUCGACUAUUGCUUCCUGGUUACCAAGAAACUACCAAUACAGGCUCCGAUGCUUGCUUUGUACUUGCUAAUCAUUGGCUAAAGACAUGUAUGAGUUCGCAUCGAAGAUGUGAACAUCUUCGUCCUCCUUCGUUGAAAGAAUGGACACCGAGUCGCUUGAUUCGCAUCAAAGGUAUCAAUGAUUUAGUCUUAUGUUUGCGAAAGAUGGGGAAUAUCCCCAUAGGAGUAGAUUACGCCACAUUAUCUCACUGUUGGGGCAACAUUCCAGAGACCCAGAGAUUAGUCUUGACAAGUGAGAAUAUCAGUACAUGGACACGAGGAAUACUUGGCCUUGAAUCCAUGAAGACAUUUGAUCACGCAGUUAUCAUUUGUCAAAAGCUUGGGCUGGAAUAUAUAUGGAUCGAUUCUCUGUGCAUUUUGCAAAACUGUCAGGAUGAUUGGCGCCAGGAGGCAUCACUCAUGAGCACGGUAUAUAAAUAUUCCAAGUGCACUAUCACCGCCACAGCCGCAAUCGAUGACACUGCGGGAUGCUUCUUUGAUCGUGAUCUGGACAUCUGUCUGCCCACCAGAGUAGAAUUUUCUCAGAAUCAGAUAUACUUUCGUAGCGCUAGCAAACAAUCAAUACCCAACUCCAACCUUUUGCCAGAAGAUUCUAGGCCUAAAGCUCUACAGGGUUAUUAUGACAUUCAAGAAGAGUUUACCUGGACCAGGGACAUCAGUAAUGCCCCUGUAAACCAGCGCUCUUGGGUUGUUCAAGAGCGCCUUCUAAGUCCCCGAGUUCUCCAUUUUUCAGACAGACAACUCAUUUGGGAAUGUGCAGAAUUGCAAGCCUCUGAAUCGUCACCAUUUGGGACACCUAUAGAGAAAGCAACAAAUUUCAAAACCCUGAGCCCCCUUCAACAUCAGGAUCAAUAUCUCACUGAUCUGGAUCUUGAGGUAGAGACACCAUCUCAAAAAUACGAGCGCUUAACCCGUGGGUUUUUGAUUUGGGACUCAGCUCUAUCCGCUUAUACACGAGGAAAAUUAAGCAAAGGCUCCGACAAGCUCGUUGCAAUUUCCGCCAUAGCAAGGGAACUACAGCCCUUCAUGAGAUGUCGAUAUCUAGCUGGUCUUUGGGAAGUUGAUCUUGUAUUCCAGCUAGCGUGGCGUAGUGGCAAUUCUGUCCUUCAAUCAAGGGUAUAUCGAGCACCAUCAUGGUCUUGGGCUUCAAUUGAUGGGCGCGUUAUCCUUACUUCUAUGUAUCUCUAUUCGUCAAGUGAUUACCUAGUAGAAAUCCUGGAAGUGGUCAUAGAUCUUGUCGGCGAAGACGAAUUUGGUCAAGUUCAAGGCGGUCAUCUAAAACUUCUAGGAAAAACGAUCGAUCUUGAAGUCUUAGACGAAAACGAAAAGCCAGGGCCAGGGCCACGCAAAGUCCUCUUCAAUGGCAAACCCAGAAUUGCAAUGAUAACAGAGGAUGAUGUCAACAUGAGAACUAAGACUUCAAUAAACCAGUUGUACUGUUUGCCUAUCCAUCUACAUUUCGAUCGGAAGUGUUUAUAUCUCAAAGGCCUUAUCCUCGAGUGCGUUGAUGUCACCAGGAACGAAUAUCGCCGUGUGGGACUGUUGGAGUACUUUACACCUAUUUCAGUCGAAAUUGGGUACACCGGGAAAGUUUCCAUAGAAGAUCCAUUUCUAUCAUCUCUUGGUGAUAUUGAACAGACAGGGGAUGACUCACUGGUCUUCAAAAAAGAAUCUGCAGGUUUGCGAGAGAUUACGAUCAUAUAG